GGGGCAGGUGCGGCCGUGCCGCCGCCAUGCCGGGAGCUGCGGGCCCGCUCCCCCGGACCCAGCGCCCGGAGCAGCGCGCCCGGGCGGCGCCCCAGGAGCGGCGGCGGAGGGUGGCCCCGCUGGCCGCGGCCCCGCCGGCCCCGGCGGGGGAUGAGCCGCUCCUCAGGGGCAUCUUCGAGAUCGACAAGAGGAGCUGCGACGUGGUGCUGAACGCCCGGCGGCUCCGCUGGAGCCCCAUCCUGCCCGAGAGCCCCACAGAUGAUUCCAGUAUGGUUUUACAGGCUCAAGAGGAGAUUAUUGAAAUGAAAGAUGUGUUUUCGGUAAAACUGAAACGACGUCGUUUUGCAGGCCAGACAAAAGGUGGCACUUUGUUGGGUAUCACAGUUUUUAAAUGCUUGAAUAAAGAAGAGAAUAAACUAACAGACUGUGCUAUCCAUUUAAAUAACUUAAGUGAAGAUCAUUGUCAGUCAUGGUUUAGACAUCUGAAGGAAAUUUUGAACGGCUUUCAAAACAGACCAAAAUCCUUAAAAGUGUUUGUUAAUCCAAGCAGCCACAAAAAAGAAGCCACUCAUGUUUAUUAUGAACAAGUUGCACCUCUUUUUAAGCUUGCUGACAUAAAAACUGAUGUCACUGUAACUGAAUAUGAAGGACAUGCUCUCUCAGUACUUAAAGAAUGUGAACUCCAGGCAUUUGAUGGGGUAGUUUGUGUUGGUGGAGAUGGAUCUGUCAGUGAAGUUGCUCAUGGUCUACUGCUUAGAGCCCAGAUAGAUGCUGGAAAAGACACAGAUUAUGUAUCAAACCCUGUUAGAGCACCAGUUCCUCUUGGAGUAAUACCAGCAGGUACUACUAAUAUUUUGGCCCAUACGCUCUAUGGUAUUAAGCAUGUGGUAACUGCAGCAUUGCACAUCAUAAUGGGACAUAUUCAGGCAGUAGAUGUCUGUACCUUCAGUACUCCAAGCAAGCUGUUAAGGUUUGGGUUCUCAGCUAUGUUUGGUUUUGGUGCGAGAACUCUGGCUUUGGCUGAAAAACACCGUUGGAUGCCCUCCAGUCAGCGGAAGGAUUUUGCUUUUAUCAAAACACUGGCAGAUCUCAGGCCAGAGGAAUGUGAAUUAUCAUUUCUACCUCUACAAAUUCCACAGGAAGACUCUCAUGAGAAUGGCAGAAAGAAGAAAGAGAAAAUAAAAAAAGGUAGCAAGGAUCAAUGGCAGAAAAUUCAGGGUCACUUCCUGAAUGUGAGCAUUAUGGCAAUCCCUUGUCUGUGUUCAAUGGCACCAAGAGGCUUGGCACCUAAUACGAGGUUGAAUAAUGGAAGCAUGGCUCUUAUUGUUGUACAAAAUACUUCUCGAACAGAGUUUAUAAAGCAUCUGAAAAGAUACACCAGCGUAAAAAAUCAGUUCAAUUUUCCCUUUGUUGAGACCUACACAGUUCAAGAAGUAAAAGUACAACCAAGGCUUAAAAGUGGACAGGAUGCCAAAGAAAAUACAGAUCUGAAUGCUGCUUCUGCAGAAGGAAAUUACCCCUGGAAUAUAGAUGGAGAUUUAAUGAAAGAAGCAUCAGAAGUUCAUGUUCGGGUCCAUCCUCAACUUAUUGAUCUCUAUGGAGUGAACACUGAUGACCUGGAGAGUUCCCAAGCAACGUGCAACUGCAUAUAGAAGGGAUGCAGUGCAAGUUCUGUAAUAAAGAAUCCUUUUCUCACCUCUAUGCAAAGUUUUCCAAGGUGCUGGACUUGCACUCACUGAUGUCAGUUGUUGUAGCAGAAGCUUAACUGGGUUGUUUGUAGUAUUUCUGGUUUUAAAUUCCUAUCAAGUUAUAUAUUUUUACCAGGUUGUAUUUCACUGUGUAGAAGCUGUUAGGCUUAACAAGAAAAAAAUGAAAAUUGAUUAUAUUGGUCUCUUACAAAUUUGAGGUUCAAGAAGUGUCCACCAGAGUAGGAGAAAAUAUCUUUUUUUCUUUAAAGUUAUUCUAGAUUUUUUUAGUAUGAGAUACUUUUAAGUCUGCUGCUGCUAUCCAUGUUGUCAGAUGACUCAGUUCAACUAGAGCUGGCAAAUGUAGGUAUGGUACCCCCUCAUGCUGAAGAAUGGUGGCAAAAUAUAGAUUUAUGUAUUUAUUUUUUUAAUCCAGUACUUCUAUUUCUAGUCAUGAUUUUUAAUGUUGCCUUAAUAUAUUUGCUUUCAAAAUGUUUCUAGGCAAAUAAUAUAAAAGACUAUGCUGAUAUCCUUUACAACUUUUCUUUGUUCAAGUAUAUUUUAAAAACUACUCUUUGUACAAAAUAAGUAUUUUCUCUACCCUAGAACUGAGAUGUUAUUCAGCAUAGUUUUCUGUGUUGCUGAGAAUAAAAUUAUGAUAA